UUUUUUCCCCCUCUAUUCUACUCCUUUAAUUUACCCCAAUUCCGCAGCCUCACCAUGUCUUCUUCUCGCGUGGCUAUCCCGUUCAUUCUUGUUGUCGUAAUUCUCUACACUUCUUAUAUCGCCACCCCUGACCCUGGGGCCCUGGCUUCUUUUCUUACCCGCGACUAUCCCCCGAACCAUAAUGUGGAUAACCAACAAUCAUUGAGGGCGCCGGGUCUUGCAGCCGAGAUCAAAGUUCCUCUCGAGAUCCACAUAAUGUCCAAGUGCCCGGAUGCCAGAGAUUGUCUAGAACAGCUCAUUGCGCCCACACUUGAGGAGAUCGAAUCAUUGGUGGACUUCCAAAUGAGCUUCAUCGGACGACCUACAGCGGAUGAUGGUGUAUUUUGUAUGCACGGCCCCUCAGAAUGCCUCGGCAAUAUUCUACAUCUAUGUAGCGCGAAGAUCAACACACCUCCUUCGCCUCCUCCUGCACAUACGUACUUACCGUUCUCUCUUUGCCUCAUACACGAUUUCAAAAAUAUCCCGGAACGAGAAUUUGUUGAAGGAUGUGCAGAUAAGAAUGGAAUUGACUUCCAAAAGUUAAAUGACUGUGCGUCGGAUAUGGGACCUGAUGGUGGACUGAGCAUGUUGAGAAAUAGCGUGGAGAGAAGCAGAGCGCUCGAGGCAGAGACAAGUUGCACCGUCAGGGUUGACGGGAAGAAGCGGUGCGUUAGGGACGGAGGAAAAUGGAAGGAUUGCGAUGGGGGGAGCGACAUUGAGGACCUCGUGAGGGAUAUCAAGAAGAUAUACAAAGAGAAGAAUGGUGGUCACGAAAGAUUUGGGGAAAAAAGCAAGAAGCUAAGCGAGUGGAUUGAAAGUGAACGUAUCAUCUGGACGGGGCACUAAUUUCAAUGUGGUCUUUUGGCGCGUCUAUUUGGCACUUGGGCAGUGUAUCCUAGAAUCUACAGGAUAAUCACUUCACUCGAGUGAUUUUACCCGUGGGUUUAUUUGAAAGUUAAUCAUAAGCUUGGGGUGCAGAAAA